GCGGGGCGAUGGAGCUGGUGGCGGAGCUGCGGGGCCGCGACGGGCGCGCGCGCUGGGUGCGGGUGCCGUACCCGCGGGAGGAGGGGCGGGGCGGGCAGCUCCGCGCGGCGCGCAGGGCCCUGGCCGAGCUGCAGGAGCGGCUGGCCCAGCUGCUGGGCCCCCUGGUGCAGGAGGAGCGGGAGGCGGCGGGCGGCGGGCCCGGCGGGGAUGCGGAGGAGGAGGAGGAGGAGGAGCAGGAGAGCGAGGACGAGAACGGCGUGGACGCGGGCGGCGAUGACCCGCCCCCGAAGCGGACGAAGGUCCGGGAGCCUUGAUGACGGCGUGAGGGGCUGAGCCAAGGCCCAGGAGGGAGGUCCCGGCUGGAUCCCGGGCGGAGGGGCGGCACGGCGGCUCUUCCCGAGCGGUAGCGGCGGAACGGCGGUCGGGGCGCGGCUGGAGCCCCCGCAGCCCCCCGCGUCUGCCGGGCCGGCUGCCGAGCCCGGCCGCGCUUCACCGCACGGGGACUGCUUCAAAAUAAACUAGCGAAACCUGGA